AUGCUUUUGACUUCCCUUGCCAGCCUGGGCUUCGUAGCACUAACCGCCGCACAAGACCUCAUCAGCGCUCUCCACGCACAGCCCGAUCUCAGCACGCUGCUCGGCGCCUUACAGGACGUCCCAGAAAUCGCCGUAGUCCUGGCUGCAGCGUCGAACAUCACAAUCUUAGCACCGACAAAUGAUGCCUUCGCACAAGUCCCUGCUCGUUCGCCACUGGGCACGGCUCUCGCCAACAAAGAAGCCGACGCAAUCGCAGCUCUGCUAGCCUAUCAUGUGCUAUCAGGGACUUUUAUGUCGACCGACUUCAUGGAGGAUCCGCAAUAUGUGUCGACUUUGUUGGUGGCCUACGAAGUUGAUGGUGUGUCUGUGACCAACGUGACGGGAGGUCAGAAUGUCGGGCUUCAGCUCAAUGGCUCGGAUGCUACGAUUCUCUCCGGAGAGAAGAUGUCGUCGGUCGUGACAGAAGCGGACAUCCAAGUCGGCGAGAUAAUCGUCCACAAAAUCGACUCCCUCCUCACACUCCCCGUCAAAGCAUCCGCCCAAGCAUCCGAGGCUGGUCUCACGGGCAUAGUCGAUGCCCUCACACAAGCAAGCCUAGUAGAGACCGUCGACACAACACCCGACCUAACAGUCUUCAUCCCAUCCAACGAAGCCUUCGCAGCACUCGGCACAGGCUACGAAGGCCUAGACACCGAAGCCCUCACCGACAUUCUCACAUACCACGUCAUAGCCGGCAACGUCCUCUUCUCCCCAGAACUCUCCAACACCACCGUCCCAAGUCUCCAAGGCACAGACCUCACCGUCACGGUCCUCGGCGACGCAGUCUUCAUCAACGAAGCUCAGGUCAUAAUUCCUAACAUCAUCAUCGCCAAUGGAGUGGCACAUGUCAUCAACCAGUAA